AUGUCCCAGCAGUCGAAACCUAGCAAUCAUCAAGAUUGGCGGAAGAAUCUCUCCACAAAUUAUUUGCCCCUACUCGCGUUGACGCCAGUCUUUGCUGUCGCAAUCACUAUGUUGUGUCUAGUAUUAACGCAAUGGCAUGGCUCCGAGAGAGUGGCCCAUUUUGCGGAAGCGAACCGAGCAGAAGUUGCAAUUGCGGUCCAAGUUAUAUCUAGCCUUCUUGGUCUACUGGAGAUAGCCGUACUAUGCGCUAUUCUCCGUCUAUCAUAUAGCUGUUAUGCUUCCCAAAACCGACUUUCCCUUCGGUCCCUGCAAUUUGCAUUUGCUGUAAACUCGCAGACUUUUACCUGGUCCCUACCAUUCAUACGGCUUUCCGUUUUGCUCGGAUCCAUGGCUAUCGCAUUGCUCCCUGCGGCAAUAUGGUCAGGUGCGAUUACGCCCAUUUCUGUGAGCUACAACAACGUAUCCGAUAUUCAAGUGCCAAGUUUUCGAACGUCGAAUGUAUCUUCGCUUUGGGACGCGGAACGACAUUCAUCGAGAUGGCAGACAGAAAAGGGGUUGUUUUCUUAUGACGCGCCAGCUAUGAGAGGACUUCUGCUCAACUCGGCCAGCGGAGCUUCAGUUGUCAAACCGCAAGACGCGAUUCAUGCAAAAUUGGACAAAACAGGGUUUGUCUAUAAAGGUCGUAGCUAUGGGAUGGGUGCCGCUGCCGGAUUGGUCGACCUUAUCACUGCCGGAUCAACUGUUCAAGCCAUCUUUUAUGUUGACGAAGGAUUCGAGUCCGUGGUGUCCUGCCAUUACAACAGAUCGAGCGCAUAUCGCCUAGAGCGCAUGAAUAAUGUUGGCUCCCUGUACAGCAUAUAUUGGUUAAAAGGAUACUAUCCCAACGGCGCAAAGGUUCAUGUGGAAGGGGAGACAAUCUACUCUGCCCGCAAACCAUACGAUAUUUUCUCAUGGGGUGCAGCAUAUUCAAGACUGGAAAAGGUCAUCUAUUUGCCGAUGGCUUCGCCUGCUACACCUGACAACGAUAAAUGGUCCUUCUCGGAAUUUAACGCUACACAAUGUGAAAUCCGGUUCACGCCGCGCAGAUUUAAUGUCGAAGCCAACUAUACUAGUAGCGAAAUUCGCGUUACACCGGGAUCAGAUAUUCCAUGGCCAAACUACUCGGACGCAGUGAUUGAAAAAAUCAGAUACUGGCUCUGGGCCAUGUCUUACGUUGAUGGCGGCUUUGGCGGAUCUCAACUUGGUCGAUCGCUCCGACUUAACGUAGACAAGCUGCAAGCAUCAAGGAACAUAUCUGAGACCACCACGAUGCGUGCCAUCGAGGAUUACGUCGCGUCUUUGGUUGACAAUAUCCUUAUCGGACUUGUCUCUACGCGGAUGAUUGUCGGCAAUGAGAGUGCUCCUGUGAGCAUGCGAGUUACGGCUCCCGCUAUGAAACUCGGAGAUUUGAGAUUCAUCAUUGGAGUCUUCGCUAUGAAUCUCAUGCUGUUGCUACUGUACUGCGUGGAGGCGUUGCGGACUCGUUUUUGGGGAAAAUGUCCCGAUGUUGAUUUAUUCGACUUGACUGGAUUGGUAAAGGGGAUUUCUGAUGGAAGCUUGCUGAUAACACCUGACUCUGAAAACGAUCAUCAACGCCAGAGCUUUGACCUAUGGGUCUCAGUACUUCCUAAUACUGAUGCCGAAACUGAGAACGCAAAGCUGUUGGACCGUAUCGUCAUAGAUGGCUGA